AUGGGCGAAUUUGACGCCAAGGAGGGCACAAUGCGGACUUACAGGGAUCUUGCACUUCCCCUUGUUCGCCUCUUCAAUACCUUUCACAUCAAGCACAUUCCUCGUGCGGAGAACUCUAAGGCAGAUGAGAUGGCCCAGUUGGCUUCCGCAGACCAGUCCGCCCUCAGCAGUGGCGUCCGCCUCGAAUACCUAUCCCACCCCUCCAUUUCCCCCGACCAGCAUGAAGUACAAUUCCUCCAAAAUGAGCCCAUCCCUUGGGCGUCGGAUAUCUUUCAAUUUCUAACAGAGGGGGAACUUCCAGAUGACCACCAGCAAGCCGCCAAAGUCAGGGCACGAUCGUCCAAUUACAUCCUUGUCGACGGCAUUUUGUACAAACGUGAACUCAUUUAUUCUUACAAUGGGUAUUCAAUCCAGGCAAACCAUCGGUUCACAACAACAAUUCAAAGAAGCAUCUAUGGUCAUGCAACUAAUGUUGAGAUCCACCCCCUAAAUGAGAAGAAUGCUGUUCAAUCUGCAGUGGACCUUCUUGGGGAAGUCUUCGUCUUUUCGGUUGCAGGAGUUGCCCUUAUCUUUGAGGUGCAGAGAAGUUCUAGAUCAGAAGCUAAAAAGGAGGAACUGCGUAAGCAGGAACUGCAGGGUAUAAGGCUAAGAGAUGAAGAGCUAGCAAGAGAAGUGGAGCUUCUUAAGCAAAAACUUGAAGAGCUCCAACAACUUGCGAGGGGACGAGGACUCGCUGGUGUUUUCAACUUCAGAAAUGCUCACGAUGCUGAAGAUGGCAAGUCAGUAAAGCCAGCUUGAUCUGAUUGUAAGUUUUUCAACUGCAAGUAAUGCAUUAAUGUUGUAAUCAAAUAGUUAACCAUUCAUUGCUAUUGAUUUUGUCAAGCUCUCAACAAGGAAAGCUUUUUUUUUUUUUAUUUCUUUUGACCCUUUGUUAUUCUUUGCUGAUUUGGCUUUACUUGUUCCAUUUGUAAAUGAAAAUAACAAUUGAGGUCCUGUUUCUGUUAUUAAUGGCAAAUAAAAUAAAAUGAAGAAGAUCUUGAUGCUGUUUAUUUAUUUA